AUGGCGUCCAACCUCAGGAAGUUAAACUUGGCCUCCACCAGUUACAAGAGAAAGGUGGGUCCUAGGCCUGAACUCACCGAAGACCAAAAGCAAGAAGUUCGGGAAGCCUUUGACCUCUUCGAUUCUGACGGGAGCGGGACCAUUGACGUGAAGGAGCUGAAGGUGGCCAUGAGGGCGCUGGGCUUCGAACCCCGGAAGGAAGAGAUGAAGAAAAUGAUUUCAGAAGUGGACAAAGAGGCCACGGGAAAGAUCAGCUUCAACGACUUCUUGGCUGUGAUGACUCAGAAGAUGGCGGAGAAGGAUACCAAAGAAGAAAUCUUGAAGGCUUUCAGGUUGUUUGAUGAUGACGAAACCGGGAAAAUCUCGUUCAAAAACCUCAAGCGUGUGGCCAACGAGCUGGGGGAAAGCCUCACAGAUGAGGAGCUGCAGGAAAUGAUCGAUGAAGCUGACCGUGACGGCGACGGAGAAGUGAACGAGGAAGAGUUUCUUAAGAUCAUGAAAAAGACCAACCUUUAUUAA